AUGUAUGCUUGGGUGGCAGACCGGACGGUCUGCGAGCAGCACCUGCUGCUGCCACUAGUUGACGAGUUCGUGCUGCAGCAGCGUGCUGGCUGCAGCACCAGCAGCAGCAGAAACAAAGAAGACAAGCUCCGCCUUGCCGUGCUACUCUACGUCGCUAUCUUUCUCCUCCCGGAGAUCGGCCCCGAGUGCUUUCAGCGAUUUCUCCUUGCCUCCAUCAGCCCUUCCACAGCUUUAUCUCUCUUAGAAUUCCUCUCCGCUGGAGACUGUCUCCGCGAGCGUAUCCUCCCCAAGUGGCAAUCUGUCUAUGCAAGCGAAUACCUCGAGGAGACAAUUUUACGCAACAUCAACAACGCCACGCAGGCACUGGCUCCUCUCCUACAAGCCCUCAGAAAACACGCAACAGGGGGUCCUCAGGAGCCCCCCACGGUGGAGCAGCAGGAGCCCAUGAAAGGGACCCCCAUGCCGCCCCCCAAGCGGGCCCCCAUGGGUGCUCGCUCAGUACUUGGCGGCACGAAGGCGGAGGGUCUAAGACAGAUUCGAGCGAGCUGUGUGGGAUUCCCACGGGCCCCAAAGAGCAGGAAAGGGCUCCAGGUCGUUCUGUGCGCAGACGGGAAGGAGGAGGGGGCCCCUGGAUGGGGUGGGGCCCGCGUCCCCCAAGGGUCUCCUUCGCGGAGACACACAACCCCGGCGGACUGGAGGGGUCCCUUCGGGGGCUCUCAUAAAGCGAGAGAGGAGACAACAAAAGGAGAAGCCACGGCAUGUAUUCCUUUCAACCAUACGCAGCAGUUGCUUCAGGCACCGGAGGCGGGGGAACAGGCAAGCCCUGAGGAUCAACGAGGAGCAAGUGAAAAAGGAGACGGUGAAUGGGAAGAGAAUAAGCAAGAAGACAGUCAGAGAAGUGACUGUCACAGCAGAGACCGCGUAGGGGGAGGUGAUGGGGCGGGAAACAGUGAGGGAGGGGACAGCGGGGGAACUGGUGACGAUGGAAAGAAUGACGAGUCGGUGGAGCCCCUAGAGACAGCUGCUGCCGCACUGGAGAGCCAAUCUAAGUCGUCGUUGGAGGCGCAGACGCGGGUCAUCAUCAUCGUCCCCCAAAAGGAGAAAGAUGAAAAGCAAGACGCACCUGCUGCAAAGGGAAACACACUGCAAGACCAUUGUCGCCAGCGGCAGCAGCAACAGCAUAUGCUGCCGCAGCAGCAGGCGGCGAUAUGCUCCAGCAACGGUGUAGCACAGCAACGAAAGCUGAGAAUCACAGCUCUUCUCGCCUCCUCUUCUCCGCCUCUCCUCUCUCCCCCUCCUGUUGUGCGCGAAACUGCAGCUUCCAUCUGGAGAGCUGAAAGGAUGUUUCUGCGGCUGCAGGGCAAAGGUAGUCAGAGCAAACAGGACCCUCUGUUUGAUCCUGCGGGUGCGAGGAUUUUUGACACUCUGAGGGAUUUGCAGAGAAACGAAAUUAGAGAACAUCUCAAGAAACAUGUCGCACUAAGAAGAGCAACCGCUCGCAUCUCCAGGUUGUCUGUGGAUUCUGCACUGAAGAAGAAGGUUGCAGCCUCUCAACAUCGCGAAUUGUCUCGUGCUGCUUCUGUCGUUGCUGCCAUAAAGAGAACAGCAGCCUUGCUGGUUCAGAAGGACCCAACAACUUCUGGCAGCAACAGUAGCAGCAACGGGUGGAGAGAGGCUGGCUUCCUUAGCUCCAUGUCUCUUGUGGAGACUCGCACCCGCGCUGUGAUAAUGAAAAAGAGAGCAGCGGAGACACUCAAACGGAAGUGUAUGCAAAUACAAGCGGAAAAAGAAAGCCAGAGACUGAAGUUGCAACGAGCAGCAGAAGUUGUGGAAAGGGCCAAGGCUGAGCUCCAAGCAGCAGCACAGCUGUACAGAGAGAGACGCAUUGAAGAUGCACGCAAUGCCAAAGAAGCAGAGAUACUUGUUAGAGAAAAAGACGAAGCAGAUAAGGAGACAGGAGGCUCUGAAGCAGUACGGCAGCAACUUGUGCGGGGAUUGGAGAGGCUCGCCCUGGCCAGGCAGCAGCAGCGCCUUGAAGCAGAAGCUGCAGCACUGCAGGUUCGACGAAGAGAAAAAGAGCAGCGCGAGGCGCUUAAAACAGCAGCAGCAACUGCCAGGGAUAAACGACUCCGUGCCCUGGAUGCAGCAGCAGCAGCAGCGAGGCAAGCAAAGGAAAAAGAAACGGAGGUCGAGACCCAGCGCAAGCGAUUAGCUGCAGCCGCAAUAAGGCAGCACGAGCUGGAGCGGAUCCCAAGGACGCAUGGGGCGAUGCCCUGGAGGAAUUUAGCGAAGGCGCUCUAG